AUUUUAGUAACUGGAAAACUAGAUAAUUAUUUCACUUUUAGCUUAAGUUUGCUGGAAAUGAUUCUGUCUAAUUGGGGCUGAUUGUUGCAGGGAGGCAACACAGCAACAAUCAACAUUGAGAUGGGAAGUACAAGCGAUUUUGAAGGAUUAAUAACUCAUGGACCAUGGGGUACUUUUUUCCAGGGGGAGGAAUGGGCUUAUAAGCCUAAAGGCUCUAUUGAAAAGAUAAUUGUUCAGCAUGGAGAAGCUGUUGACUCCAUCACAUUCCAAAGUAACUCCAGUGAAGAUGAAUCUCAAGGUCGUUUCUUUGGUGACAAUGUUCUUAGGACUACCAGUGAAGUAACCACGAUUUCCAUUGACUGUUCCAAUGAAUAUUUGAUGUCAAUAAGUGGGACAGUUGGUCGUGUAAAGGCAUAUGAUGUAGUAAAGUCAAUAUGCUUUAAGACAAAUCUGAACGUUUAUGGCCCGUAUGGCAUUGAUGAGGGAACUGCUUUCUCAUAUGAAGUCAAAGACGAGGUGAUUGUAGGAUUUCAUGGGCGUGCAGGCAAUUAUUACCUCAUUGCUAUUGGGGUUUAUGUGAUACCCAAAUCACCUGCGUCUCUUCCAACGUUUACAUAUGAAGGCAAAAUAAAGAAUGAGUUAUGCUCUAGGAUGUCUAGAGUGGUGAUGCCAAGGGACGUUGGCCCGUGGGGAGCAGGUGGAGGUAAAGCUUGGGAUGAUGGAGUUUUUUCUACCAUCAAACAAGUUCAUGUUCAUGUAGGAGAGCUGAAUGUGAUUUACGCGCUUCAGUUUGAAUAUCAGAAAAGGGAUGGUAAAUCCAUUUUGUCACAAAUCCAUGGAGGAACAGAUGGACUUGAAAUAAAAAGGGUUAAUUUGGAUAAACACGAUGAGUUUAUUACUGGAAUAUCCGGGUUCUAUGGACCUGUUAAAGGGUAUAAUGGAUUGGAAACUAUUGCAUCAAUUAGUUUUCACACAAACAAGAUGAUUCAUGGGCCAUUUGGAGAAGAAAGGGGUGCAGGGUAUGUUUAUUUUUGUUCAACACCAUAUCCAGGAAAAGUGGUUGGUUUUCAUGGAAGGAAUAACGGAUUCUUAGGUGCGAUUGGUGUUCAUAUGGAGUAUUUCUGAAGAUGGUAGACUUAAAAGCUGUGUUGACCUUUUUGUA